CUGCUCGUUGGUAGCGGCGACACUUCCUCUAAAAACACUGUAAAUAUCCGUGAAAAGAAGAGUUGCAGCAGUUCCCUGUAGCUGUUGGGCUGGUUUGUGGCUCUGGCAGGGAAUAAAGUGAUGUAAAAACACAUUAUUGGGUUUAUUCAUCAGGUAUGAGCAGGAAACGGGCUCUGAUUUCAGACGCUUUCAAUCUGAAGAAGAGAAGAAAUGGCACAGAACAAUUUGGAGCUGCUGCUGAAGAUGGACCAGCUGACAUUAAAUCCAGUCUGGAGUACCUCAUGACCCUAUUUCCCAGAAAGCUCUUCAAUGAUGCACUGCCUCAAAUUGUGCUGAAGCACCAGCUCUACAGCAUACACAGUGACAAGACUUUGGUGGACAAGGAGGUGAAUAAGAUGCGUGAACGAGGAGAUCUGCUGAUGUUCCAGCUCGGGUUCGACGCAGAAGCCUUUGGGUUGGUUUUUACUUCUGACUACAAGGCCAAAGUGCUGGCGGGAGAGGAGGGCAAAACCACAAGAGCCACCGUGGAGAGGUUCUUGGAGAAAGUGGUGUCCGCUUGCACAGAUCUGAGCUUCACGAAAGACAAAAUGCUGAAGGAGUUUCUCUUCACAGACUCUGAGAUAACGCAGCUGGUUAAGUCUGGGGUCCUGACUGUGAGGGAUGCAGGCAGCUGGUGGCUUUCCAUUCCCAACUCUGGCAAAUUCACAAAGUACUUCAUAAAAGGCCGUAAAGCAGUGCUCAGCAUGGUUAAGAAGUCCAAAUACGGCGAAGUCUUAAAGGCAGAAAUCGAGGAGCGGCGGACGAAUUCACAAGUGAAAUUCCAUAUGAAAUACCACAUUCAUGACAUUGUUGGCGCAGAGCUGGUAGAGAGCAUACCGACAACUUCAGGGACCCUGUUGCGAUCUGUGGAUUCGUGAGGCUGACGUCAGGUGCUGACGGACGAUGAGAAAUUUAUGAACGGAAUGAAAAGUGUUUAUAAAAAGACUGAAUGGACUAAUUUAAGUAUUCAAGUGCAGAUUCUGUGCCAAAUGUGCUACUAAUGACCUGUGAUGACGAGACGUUGUCAAGUUUAGGUUUAUCUUGUAAUAAGAUUUAUUUAAAUUUCUUGGCAUCACAUAUGAGAUUCCUUGUCUACAUGGAGUUCACAACCUAAUGGCAACCAUUGCCUCUGUGCUGAGUGUUUUCAGGAAACAAAAUGCUUUGUUACAAAUAAAUAAAAUUUCCCAACA